AUGUCAAUCAACCACACUGACUGGGGCGACUUGACCAAGAACCCCAUUGCCAUUUCAAUCGAGACAAGGGGACCGGAACAGUUUUACGAUACCGCUCUGUUGCAGGUAGCAACAUGGCACUCUUCACAAUGGCGCAGUCUCUGUUGGGGCCGACGUGGCCCUAUCGACGCCAUCGAGUUUCUGCCCGGGAUCAUUGUCAUUAAACAUGACUGGUACUUUGUGGCAACGGGUCUUGACAGAUUUGACAAGGCUCGCACGUUUGAGCGAAUACCGCUGGGAAGCACAGAGUCGAUACUGGGCAUCUACAAGCUGUCCAUGGCGCUGCUGAUAUUGUGUCAAUGGGUGCGAGAUCAGUUCUGGCCAGCUUUCCGGGUGGAUAUCUUGAAUUUGAAAGCCCAAGUUUCUAGUGCUACUCCAAAGUCCCUUAGUAUGGCAUCAACAGCCUCCAUCGACGUAGACGCCAAAGUUCAGAGAGCCCUCGUGGGCACCAAAUUCGAGCCCUCAUCCUUGACGAAACUCUCAGGAGGCUCCGUCAACUGGAUCUAUCUCGCAAAGUUAUCGAUACCCCUCGAUGAUGGGACAACAGAAGUUCUGGUCAAGCAUGGAGAGCCCUGGAUGGCCUCCAAGCCCGAGUUUCCACUAGCGAUGCUUCGCUGCAGCAUUGAAGUGGAAAGCCUGAGGAGUCUGUCCGGUUGUUCCUCCUUUGGAAGAUCUGCUUCCACGGAUACCUACAACUUUGUCGCUCGAACACCGAACUUCUUCCACUUUGAUGAGGAUGGUACCAACCAGAUCCAAGAAUUCCUACCCGAUGGGAUCAAUUUAAAGGACUAUAUUCUACAGUAUUACACUGCUCCGACUCCCAAGUCCUUUGAACCGCAAUGCCGCCAUCUGGGCAAGGCAUUGGGUAAAUGGCUCAGAGGCUUUAUCGAUUGGACUACACGACAGGUCAAACACCGACAUGUCGUGGCCCAGAACGACUUCGCCCAGGACAUCAAGCACAUGAUCAACUUUUCAUGGCUGUACGAACGCAUUAAAGACUUUCCGGAUAUUCUCGACCCUGUAAAGGACAUUCUUGGACAGGUCGAGCAAAUGGCCGCUGCGGAGAGAAAGGAGGUGAGCAAGCACCAGAUCAUCCAUGGUGACUUUUGGACCGGGAAUAUUAUUCUACCCAAUGCCCCAAUCCAGCAAGGCACCGAGGUGCCCAUGUUGGUCAUCGACUGGGAAUGUACCCAACUCGGCUUGCCCAGCAUCGACUUUGGACAAAUGAUUGCCGAGAUGUACGCUUUAUGGCUGUACAAGUCCAUCAACGCGGGGCUAUGGAUGAUGGAGGGCUUCAUCGAAGCGUAUGGCAAUGUCAGCCAAGACUUUGCCUUCCGCACCGCCAUACAGACGGAUCAAAGGCCGCUCGUCGAUGUGAGGGAUGCACCCGUCCCAACUCCCAGGGCAGGCCAGGUUCUCAUCCGCGUCAUCGUCUGCGGAUCAAACCCGAAAGAUGUCAAAAGUGCCCUUUAUCUCCCGCCACAAAAUUUCGGAGAUGAUAUUGCUGGCAUUAUCGAAGAUGUUGGAGAAGGUGUGACUGAGUUUCGCAAGGGUGACCGUGUCGCCGCUUUCCAUGAGAUGUUCACGCCUCACGGUGCCUUUGCUGAGUACUCAGUCGCCUGGGCAAGGUCGACGUUUCACAUCCCCGAGAAUGUAUCGUUCGAAGAGGCAGCCACUGUCCCAUUGACAGCCAUGACAGCCGCAAUCGGGCUAUACCGAGACUUGGGGCUUCCACCGCCCUGGUCGACGGACGAGGAUCGCCCUGAGACUGGCCCGCUUGUUGUCUACGGCGCUGGGGCUGCGGUUGGUGCGUUUGCCGUUCAACUGGCCUGCAAGAGCGGCGUGCAUCCCAUCAUCGCAGUGGCGGGGCAGUCAAAGGACCACGUUGAAACGCUCAUUGAUCGCAACAAAGGCGAUAAAAUUAUUGACUAUCGGCUUGGCCCUGACGCGACUGUGGCUGAGAUCAAGAAGGCUCUUAAGGGGGCGUUUUUGCAUCACGCAUUCGACUCAAUCGGCGACCACGGAAGCGACAAGAUUCUUGGGGCUGUUCUCGAGCCUGAUUCGAAGCUUUCCAUGGUUCUUCCAAGGGACAAGGCUAGAAUUCCUAAGACUCCUGGCGUCCCGUGGCCCGCGGGAUUCGUUGCGCCAGCAUUGAAGGGCUUGGCCGAGGAUACUCAAGUCUUUUGGACUGCCGUGGGUUCCAUACAUGGGACUUACAAGGAAUUUGGUUACAUCUAUUUUCGUUACUUUAGCCUCGGGCUUCAGGAGGGCUGGCUUAGGUCUCAUCCAUACGAAGUUGUGCCUGGUGGACUUGAUGGUCUUGCGGAGGGCUUGACAAGGCUGCUUGAAGGGAAGGCGCAUGCUGUCAAGUUUGUAUACCGGAUUAGUGAGACCUUUGGCGCAAGUCAAUAG